AGAUAAGCCGACACCUUCACCUUCGAGAUAAACCCUAAAACUUCAUUCCAAACUAAUUUAGCUCAGAAAUUUCUACCUAAUGUCUUCCCACUCAAGUUCUUCAGCCGCCACGAGCGGCAAAGAUCCACCGCAUAAUAAUAAGAUGCCGGCGACAGAACCGAUAUCCAUCUGGUCGCUUCCUGAUGAUCUGCUUCUAGACUGCUUAGCCCGCGUCUCUAGACUGCACUAUCACAUUCUCUCCAGCGUCUCCAAACGUUUCCGAUCCAUCAUUGCCUCACCGGAGCUUUACCAAGCCCGGGCUCGCCUUAACCGUACCGAGAAGAGGAUCUAUUUUUACCUAAGCUACCGUAUUGAUCCCGCAACAGAUUGGUACACUCUAAGACGUCGAAACAUAGCCAAAGGGCCAAACGUCGGCUAUUAUGCGGAGACAGUUCCGUCUCCAAAAUGGUUGCAUCCUGCGCAGUCGUCGACACUCGUAGCGGUUGGAUCCGAUAUUUACAAGAUUGGUGGCGGUGACCAUUUCACACCCAAACUAUCGAAGCGUAACUGUUGUUAUGGUUUCUCUGUCCUUGAUUGUCGCACUCACACGUGGCGCCAGGCUCCCAGCAUGUGCAUGGAGCGGGACGCAUCCGCCACAGCGACAUUGUUUAAGGGGAAGAUAUAUGUAGCCGGAGGUUGUGACAAAAAGUAUGUCGGUUGCCCUAACUGGGUCGAAGUCUUUGAUCCAAAGACACAAACGUGGGGAUCCGUGACGAACCCUCAUGUUUUCGAGCAGCGCGGUGAGUUUAUUAGUAAUGAGAACUUUGUAGCCAAAAGCUUGUUACUCGAAGGGAAACUCUACAUGUUUGGGAAUGACUCUGCUGCGGUGGUUUACAAUCCCGAGAAAAAUAGAUGGUCAGCGUUAGGAAAGGACAUGUGUAGUAUGUUUCAAGCGGUGAGAGAGUGUCAUUGCGUGAUAGACGAUGUCUUGUUCUUUUGGGAAUCAGGAGCGUUCAAAUGGUAUGACUUCAAGGCACGUUUAUGUAAGGAAGUGAGAGGUGUUAAAGGAUUGCCUGAUCUUUGUAGUAGCGACCCAAAAUUCUUUAAAGUGGCAAUGGUAGAUCUUGGUGGAAAGAUGGUGUUUAUGUGGAAUACUAGGACCUAUUGGGAAUGUAAUAUCUGGUGUGCUGAGAUUACGCUUGAAAGGCGCCAUGGAGAUGAGAUGUGGGGGAAGGUUGAGUGGUUUGAUUCUGUACUUAGUACCGACGAGUCUUGUUCCUCGUUCUAUGUUGUUUCUGCUUCUGUUUGAUGUAUUUUACCUUUCAUGAGAACAUGCUUGAACAGUUAUUAUCGUGGGGGUACUUUCGUUUUGCUUUGAAUACUUGAGUUUUUUUUUUUUGUGUGUGUGUGUGGGUUCUCCUUUCUCUUUUUAUUG